AUGAGCGACACUCUUUUAGGAACCGAAGGGGCCUCGCAAGCUCAGGGCGCGGUUGGAAGGAAUGUCGCUCUCGCAGUAUGCCUUGAGCAUACCUUGGCUCGCGAACUGCAGAUCCAUCGUAGCCUUUUUCCUCUGGGUCUGAAUGCCACCAUCCUCCGCACCGAGCUCCAUCGUUGGCAAGACUUCGAAGACGGACUGAACCACGAUUCCUCUGAUUUUCAAUCUCAGCGGACUAUGGUAGAGAAGAUCGUUGCCGUGGACCACUCUCUACUCGCUCCCUGGCGUCGUCUGCCACCCGAGAUCUGGUCUGACAUCUUCCUGUGUGCUGAGCCUGAGCAUUGGAACAUCAAGCCCUGCGGAAGGAGGACGCUGAACUUGGCUCAGGUCUGUUUCUCGUGGCGAAAGAUCGCAUUCGAAGAUACGCCAGAUCUGUGGAACAUCAUCGACAUCGAUGCCGACCGAAACCCUCCGUUUCUAUACUACGAAGGCAUUCAGGAAGAAAUCAGACGGUCGGGGGAUGCGCCACUGUAUAUCUGCUUCGACUCGGUGACGCGUCCAUACCAAGAAGGCCCCUCUACGAUGCCGUGGUGGGACAUGACUUUCAAACUCCUUUGUUCGCAAUCGCACAGGUGGCUGAGUUACAGCUCCGAGCGAUCGUACCCCUACAUGUAUGCCUGGCGACCAGCACCGUCGUUUCCUCUCUUGCGUCAGUUGGCGAUCGGGCUGCUACCGCCUCUGGACGGGUAUCCUGUUGAGCUGCCUUUGCGCUUCUUCGUCGAUGCGCCUUCGCUACGCACGGUUAAUAUCGACUCGGUGGACUUACCCCUGCCCUACCCGGGAUUCAUCGAACUCCCUACGACAUGGGCAGUGCAGAGCCUUGACAUCAGCUGCGGUGGUGAGAUAUCGGAUACAACCCCACCUCUCGCAAUAUGCCUCGAUGCUGUUUGGUCCUGCAGUCAGACACUGCGUAAGUGCACCCUCUGGGUCGCCGAGGUAGGGAUUCUAACGGAACGGAGCCCUGCCAUGGACUUCCCGCUGCUGGAGGACCUCACACUCUCGCUCGCUGGCGUUCACCUGUGCCGCUUUAUGAGCGCCCCGAGUCUCAAGUCGCUGUCUGUGAGUGGAUCUGGCGCGCCAAGCGUGUCUCCAGCUGCUGCCCUUCUGUCGGACAUGAUCGAUAGGUCGUCUGGAUGCACGUCCCUGCGCUCACUACGCCUCGAGUUCAUGCACGUCGAUCCGUACCAACUCAUUAACUGCCUGUGGCGGAUGCAGGGCCUUGUAUCGCUCACGCUCCAAGAAUUUGACUUUGUCGAAAAACCCGAUGUUCGCCUCAUCAGCAAGGAAGUGAUCAGGGCGCUCACGCGUCGGCGGGUGGCCACCGGCGCCGCGGAAAAUCACGUUCUUCUGCCCCACCUCACCGACUUGACGCUUCAUUUGGACUUCAGACGGUCCUUGGUACUCUACACAGGAGACGUCCUUUUUGCUCGGGAUGUGUAUGAAAUGUUGCGCUCGAGGCGGAAGCCGUUGCUUUGGAGGGGAGAACCGCUGCCCGGACUGCUGACCGGUAGUGUACCGAUCCUACUGGACUUAGGGCCAAAUUAG